AUGAGAUCUUUGAGCAGACUAGCCAAUCGUGUGAGCAACCAGUUCCUGUCACCACUUCGUAAACAAGAGCUGCUGCUGUCUAAGAGAUGGAAACAGGAACAGAACUUCAACCUCAAAGGAUACUUGGUUGCCGAGCUAUCCAGCGCAAGCUUUACGCUUGGCGGAUUCUUUAGAUUUUCCACUGCACCUGGUAGGACACCUUACUCCAGACAUACGGACAAGAGUUGUGCUGCUCACUUCAAGGGUUCCAAGCACACCAAAGGCAGCAUCCCAGCCACGCCUCCCCCAGACAUCACCAGACACACACAAGCCACCAGAGAUCACCUCACUCCAGAGAUAGAAUUGAGACUAAUUACCAGAGAAUGCCCCUUGUGGCACGAGACCACUGACCAGUGUCCAUUCACUGACCCAUUCUGGGCCUUCUAUUGGCCUGGUGGUCAAGCUCUUACAAGGUAUAUCUUGGAUCAUCCCAAGUUAAUUAAAGGCAGAUCUGUAUUAGACGUAGGAUCAGGGUGUGGUGCUUCAGCUAUAGCAGCGCGUAUGGCAGGAGCUAGCAGAGUACUGGCCAAUGAUAUUGAUCCUGUUGCAAUCCAAGCUAUUGAAAUAAAUGCUGCCCUCAACGGUAUCACAUUGGACACAAGUGCCCAGAACUUGAUAAGCCAGCCAUGCUUAAAAGACAACCAAUGGGAUGUGGUGUUUCUCGGUGACAUGUUCUAUGAUAAAGACUUUACUAACAUGGUCGUUGAUUGGCUGAUCUGUUUGAUCAGGAAACACAACAGUCGGAUUUUAAUCGGUGACCCGGGUAGGGUUUAUUUGAGAGAUCAUCCAAUGAGAGAAAACCUUAUCAAACUAUUUGAGAUUGAACUACCUCCAAAUUGUGUGGAAGAGAAUAGGGGUCAUAGUUCAGGGUAUGUAUGGGAGUUUGUUUUAUUUUAAUCCUAAAUAGAUCUACAUUUAUAUUAAAGUAUAUAUGCCGUCAGCUGCAUGCAAGGAUGCUGCAACUGCCAUUGACAAUACCACUUUUUUCACUGUCUUUGUGCCUUAAAGGGACUCUGUAACAUGGUUCAGAUGAGAGAAAAUGGUGCUGAGGUAGUGACUUCAAUGCUAGAUGUACAAAUAAAGAUAAUCUGAAAGUUUG